CAACGGCCAGUCCGGCGGAAUACACGCCAGCUGGUGUAGGUGUGUGCUGGCUACCUAUACAUAGUAUCGACGACGUGUGCGCGCCUGCUACUAGCUUAUAACUUGGCAACUCUACUCUACUGCCCUCUGUGCACUCCGUAGCCGUGUGUGCGGUGUGCAAACUGUGUGCCGCCGUGUGACGUGCGGACGUAACGCAAUACUAUAGGCGCACAUUCGCCCGCGUAUGGGUGUGUACUGCUGUACGUAGACGUGGACUACUGUCACACCGAUGACGAUCGCAUAAUAUACAAGUAUAACUGCGCACACUGCUUGACUGCUGACAGCGCUCGCAUCCUCCGCAUUCAAUACACAUACACGCGUUACAUAUAUCGACGUAUUCUUCGUCUCUUUUUCUCUCUCUUUCUCUCUCGCUCGUUUGCUCGCUCACUCCGAUUUUAUCUGCUCUCUAUGUGUGUCGACUGCGAAUUGCGAAUUGCGAGUGCAGCAACUACUUAACUAUAUGCACUUGCGCACGUACACUAGCACGCCUAAUGUAACGUACACAUACGCCGAUAUAUAGGGCGAAUGCAGUGUGUACGCUGCUGAGUAGACUGUGAAGCGUAAGACGCCGUGAAGCGACUUGCCGCGAGAGCGAAAAACAUCGUAGCAGCCAGCAGCAAGUGUGCUCGUGUACGUGUGUACAGUGUAUACGCGCUCGAGUGUCAGUCAGGCAGUAUAUCAGCGCUGCCGUAAGAUCUCGCUGCCACAAUCAUCAUCGUCUGCGUCGUCGUCUUCGCCGUCGCCGUCAACGUCGUCAGCGUGAUGUGAAAAAUCAAAGAUGGCUGCAUUAGCUGCUCUACUGCUAGACGACGUAGCCGACUUUGCUGUCAAAAUUUGCGUCCUCUGCUUCGGAAGCUCUUGACUGCCUGCGCCGCGCGCGAGCUGCUCAGCUGCUUCUAUAUAGCGACUUUAAAUACGCACGGCGUUGCGAUUAUCUCAGCGUAUACACACCUUAGAACGAUAAAUAAGAGCCUGCUGCUACUGCUCUGCCAUACGUCUGUCUGCUUGCGCACAGUCUCGUCGAGAUAAGAACAACGAGCUUCUUCUCAGCAAUAUGAACAUUUUCCAGCUCUGAAUUUUUAGUGCAAUAUAACUAAAAGCUCCAGCAGCCAUGAAUUGCCAUCAGAUACUCAGUGGAGCUUGCAAUGCAGGCGAUCGAUGCUGUGCCGUCGGCUCCGUCGAAGGCAUAUCUUUUACGGCUUACGCUGCUGGCUGCAACAUUGUCAUCCUUGCGGACAACUUUGAAAGGGCACAGAUUAUUCCUGGAGCUAUACAUAACUACAUAAGGAUCAGUUGCCUCGACUGUAGUACGGACACUGGCAAAAUUGCUGCUGCUUAUGAGAAUCAAGUCUGCAUUUUUGAACCCACACCGCUUAUUCAUAGCACUUGUUCUCAUCAUCUGGAAUAUAGAUGGGUACAAACUGGCACUUUACAAACAGAUUCCAAUAUCAGUUCUCUGUCAUGGAACUUAGAGGGUACUCGCCUUUUGACAGGGGGAGAACUCUUACAACUUUGGCAUCAAAAUAUAUUACCUUUUGAAGAACAAUCUUCGAAACCAAAAGCAAUAGAGGAACCGGCAAUUAUGGAGCACAGUGCACCGGCCGCUACUGUUCAAGAUCCUGGUACUGUCACAUUUUCCAUUGGUGGUGAAGCUGAAAGUCCACAAGGUACAGAAACAAAUCCAGCUAAUGAACCAGGAGGUUGGAAUUGCGUGUGGAAGUGUCGCACUGCUACGCCAGUACAUCUAAUGAGCUUCAGCCCUGAUGGUACACUUUUUGCAACAACUGGAGAGAAUGAUAGAUUAGUAAAAAUCUGGUUUGAAAACAAACCAUUAUUUCCUCUAAGGAGUAUGGAUCAUUCAAACUUUUCUCAGUCAGUAUCAAAUGAUAGUUUUAGUUUUGUUUAUGUUGCACAUCCAAGAGCUGUGACCCACAUAUCAUGGAGAAAAACUAGUAAAUACAUGCCAAAGGGAUCAGUAUCUAAUAUGUUAGUUACCUCAUGCCGAGAUAAUAUUUGCCGCGUUUGGACGGAAACCAUUCCACCAGAAAUUGAAGGAUUAGCUAAUAUGAGCCAAUUUGAAGGUGCCGAUAGACAUGGACAUCAUGGAAAGCAUAGACAUCACAAUAUGCAUAAAACUCGGUUUAUGCAAAGAUUAAAACAUAUGAGAACAUGUUUCCAUUUACGACGACACGUGAAACAACAUAAUCAAGCUGGUCAUAUUGCUCAAACUUUACCUACAUUACCAUCAACUUAUUCGGUUCAUGAUUUUCACAAUAAUUAUACAAACACUGGGUAUUAUCCUGGCAUGCAUUUUCAUUUAGCAGCAAGUAUUAAUGCAGAAACAGAUAUUCCGUUGGUUCCAAGUCUAAUCACUGGUGAUCCUGACAGAGAACCUAAUUUUAUUUUACACUGGUUGAAUAAUAAAGAAAUGGAAUUUACAAUGCAAGCAGAAAGUAUUAUACAGGAACUCACUAGAAAGGUGGUGGAAAAAGAAGAUGGUAUUCAUCACCAUCAUCAUAAUCAAUCAGAAACGGAUCACGUUGAUCAUGAUUCAGAGGAUGAACAUACUCCAACAAGCAGCAUCUUAUCAUGUUACGGUAUGGUGCGACCAACAGAAAAAGGAAGUCGACAUUCGACGAGUCAAAAAGGCACUAUUGGUGGACGCACGACAAGCCAGGAUGACCACAGCAGCGACGAGCAUCACACAGCCCAUACAACUUCGUCUCACCAUAGCCUUCCCCACAGUGUCCAUUCGCACCAAAGCCUUAGCAAUACUACGUCGAUUAAUUCAAUAGCUACGGAUGCGACGACGACCAAUCAGGCACCCGAUGCGCUGGACACUAAAAUCGAAACUUUAUUGCGUGACUGGCAUCACAACCCAGAUUUGUUAUUCGCCAUUCAUCCAAUUGACGGAAGUUUUCUUAUCUGGCACAUAGAGUGGCUGGACGAGUAUCAUCCAGGCUCGUUUCGUCAAGCUCAAAUCUCUUUUUCAACCCGCAUACCAAAUGCUUUUCCACUGGGCGAUGCCUCGACCAUGAGCCACAACGUCUCGAUGUACUCGCAUAACACAGGGGGUCCUUUGUCAAGUAUUCGUGAGGUCGUCAAAUCUUCUACCGUCGUUGGUAAGUCUACCUUUGAGGGUCAACAUCCAGCCAUGCAACAGCCAACCGAAGCUCCUUUACCUAGUCUCAUUGAGCAAGACGAAGAUCAAUCAACACUUACUUCGCGCACUGGCCAGGAACUCGCCAAGAACGUUCAGAGCGAGUUGAACCAUCAGCAGCAGUCGAAUCAGACGCAGAAUCAACAGAACAAGCAAGAUGAUCAAAAUAAGCAGGAGACUAUGAGCGAGAUGCUGGCCCAUCCAAGCCCGAUGGUGUCGAUGGUAUCGAAGCAUGCCAAUGGUACGCUCAAUCUCUGGCAGCUCACCUUCGCCGAUAAGACGAAAUUCUCACAAGUUCUUAGCAUAGGACAUGCCUGCCGCGCUUCGGGACAUCGUUUUCGCGUUAACGAUAUCACUUGCCAUCCGGUACUGCCGUUGCUUCUGACCACGUCUCACCACAACAUCCCCGAUUUUAGUCCCAACCAGUCGACCGAGCAACAGCAACCGCAAGAGCAAGAGCCUAUCGUUGAAGAGAGCGGAGAACAAAAGUCAAUCAGUGGCUUUUGCAGCGAACUCAUACUUUGGCGAGUCGAUGCUGUUGGUCCGCUCUCGAAAAGCGGCGGCGUUUCCGAGCUCGCCCGCAUUAAUAGUCCUGAAAUAUCUGCGUUCAGUAACGUCGCUUGGAUACCUACUUUGCUACCGUCGACCACUCUGGGCAAUCUGUCGAACUCUCCAUCGGCGUGUUUCGUCGCGAGUGACGGCCACUGCUUACGCGUCUAUCAAGCAGUCAUAGACGCUCGCAGUUUAUUGGCCGAAGUGUCGAUCAGCGAACGUCGCAGUCGUUUCAUGGACUCGAUGGCGAGUCUCAGCAGCGACGUGAGCUCCGACGAUGGUAUGCAUCACGCACUGCAUGAUCGCAUUCAAAUCGUAUCGCAGCAGUCGACUGCCAGGCCUGGCUGCGUCAUUCAACUCGACGCAAUAUCCGACGCUACUCACGAUUGGCAGAAUACGCAGUUCUUGCACGUUUUCCAGGAGCAGCUGAUUACCGGCGAACGAAGUGACGAGAAAACGUUUAGCACAGCUGACUCGGCCAACGAUCUUGGCUUCAUGGAAUCGAACCUCGACGCCAUGGUCGAUCUCCAGCAGUCAGCGAUCUUUGAAGAGCCAUUCUACAUCGUAGUUCUCGAGCGUACCUCGAAAGGCACUACGGUGCACAUGUGGCGCCUGGUAAUAGCGUCUCAGCCCGAGGGACAUGGUCUCAGUGGUUCCAUGAUGUACGUUCCCGACUCACAACUGGUCCAGGACGAAGAGGACGAAGCGACACCGGGUGGUCGUCGCUCGCGUCGACCGAGUCAAUCCGGCCAUCGCAGUCGGCGCAACAGCGAGAGCGGCGACCAUCUGCAACCCCCUCACCAGCAUCAUCAUCAACAUCAUCACCAUCAUCCCAAUAGCCACGUGCUCAUUAGCACCACCAAAGUUUGCACCCAAGAACUUCCCAUACCCGAGAACGUCGAGCUGGUGCAUGCAGCCCCAGCCGCUGGUCAUCUGAGCAGCUCCUCGAUUUAUCCCGCUUGCUUCGCACCGUAUAUUAUUGUUACCGCCUGUAGCGACAGUACGGUGCGCUUCUGGAAUUGCAAAGUUACAAAACGCGAGGUCCAAGAGGGCGAUCCCAACCAGCAUCCACUCGACUAUGAAUGGUGCGAGUGGGAAAUGUUCCGCAAGGACAAGGAGUCAACCAUCGAUAUAAGCGGACAGCCACUGAACAUCAGCGCAGCCUACAGUGGACGUAUUGCCUGCGCCUACAAGUACGGCAAGUCCUUCACGCGACCUACCAAAGCCGAUCCCGACUCGCGCUAUGUAAAUCUUUGCGUUGCCAUUUAUGAGUGCGAAAGUACUGGUGGUAGCGAGUGGGUCCUCGAAGACACGAUACACUUGAAAAACAUCCAUCUGCCUCGCAUUCAAGUCGAUCAACAUCUUGAUCUCAGUUACUUGUACGACAGUCGCUACUUGCAGAAGAAGCAGCGUCUUACUCAAGUACUGCAGACCCUUAGCCACGAAGAUGUGCGCACACCGCGUAAUGGAUCAGUCUCUGACAAUAGCUCGGAUUCGGGUCAACCCAACAAAGCGGGAUUACUUGCUGUACCGUCUUUCAGCACGUUGCAGUCCCUCAGAAAGUCCAUAAUCGAGAAUGGCAACACGUGUCCUUUGACUCAAAAACACUUGGUACAGCUCGACUGGGUUAGUAAAGAAGACGGCUCCCAUAUUCUCACCGUAGGAGUUGGUUCCAAAAUCAUGCUGUUCACGCCUGUUUGCUCGGACUUGGCUCAAGCUAAUAUGAAAGCCAUGAAAGAGUCACAGACGACGAUGCGUCCGAUUUUGCGUAAGGCUUCGUCGCUGGCCCAGCCGCAUUACGUCGAGGAGAUUCGCUGGAUGAAAUUGCGCAAAAUCGAGCUUACAACGGCAGACGGCCUGCCACCCCUGCCUAUGCAGAUAUCCUGGGUUCGCGACGGUAUUCUCGUGGUCGGUAUGGACUCGGAGAUGCAUGUCUACUCGCAGUGGAAGGCGAACCCGAACAGCGAGUGCAUGCACUCUGGGGCCGUGCAGUCGCAAGAAUCGGACGAGUUUCAAGCAAGUCGCAAUCUACGCGACGAGGAUCUGCGCACCCUCGCGCACGAGACGUCGCAGCGUCGCUUGAAUAACGUGUCGUCGAUGCCGCACCUGUCACGAGUAAGCAGCAUCAAUCUCACGAUGCUCGACGCGAAGAAAAAGCGCGGUAUCGAUUCGGCACCGAAUCUCGACUACAUGCCCGACUACGGUCUGUUUGAGGCAUCUCGUAUUGCCUGCCCCGUCUUGCCGCAAUAUCAUCCCAAACAGUUGAUGGAGCUGCUCAACGCUGGUAAAAUACGCUGGGUCAAGGCGAUUCUCGCUCAUCUGGUACGUUGCAUCACCAGCUCUUGUCCCAUACGCAACGACGACGAGAAUAUCAUGAAAAACAAGGGUAGUGGCUGGUCGCGUUCGCGCACCAUGUCCGUCAGUUACGCUGGCACAACAUCGCCACUGGAGCCUCGCGGAUCGAGUACUCAGAUACCCGAGGAGUUGACGUUGGAUUACGCCGAGAUCACAUCGAUUUCGCCGCUCCCGCUCUGGACCCUCUUGAUUGCAGAUAAGGAGACUAAUAUCACUCAGCAGGCCGAGUUAGACAAGCAGGAUUAUAACAAACUGUUCGACGGCCAACUCGAUGAGGGUGACUCGCUCGACGACAUGUUGGAGGAGGACUACGAGAGAUCUCGUCAGAAUCGUGACAGGCGCAGCUCGGUGCCAGAACGCCAGGGUAUCUCGUACUUCGGACCCCGACAGGGCCGCGUUCUGUCGCGUUUGCUCACUCACAGCCAUUUACCGGGACUGUCGAGUCUUGAUCAAAUGCAUCUGCUGGCCUUGGCCGACACCGUUUCAACUUGCAACGUCGACUUUGCCGAGCGCUUUGCCAACGACGCUCAGAAAAGCGCCUUAGCCAAAGAGAAUCUUACGGGCAUUCCCGAUGGUGAAUUUUCUAUGGACUCCCUCGAUGAUUGUGGUCUACGCUUUCUUCUAGCCAUGAAACAUUACAAUUAUUUGAUUCGUUGCUUGCCUUUGAGCCAACGGGCCCAAUUUCAGCAGCAAGGCGUCUCUACCAGCAACCUGGUCUGGGCGUUCCAUAGCGAAAAUGAAGAGGAAUUGAUGGGACUGAUUCCAUCGUAUGCUCGUGACAAGCCCAAGUGGUCGGUACUAAAAGAGCUCGGGGUUGGUUGGUGGAUUACUAACUUGGCUGUGCUCAAGCGCUGCAUCGAGAAAAUCGCCAAAGCUGCUUUCCAAGAGAAUCAAGAUCCUAUUGAUGCUGCUAUAUAUUAUCUAGCCAUGAAAAAGAAAAGUCUUCUGUGGGGUCUCUUUCGUAAUAGGCGCGACGAGCGCAUGAGCAGCUUCUUUAGCAACAACUUUGCCGAAGAUCGCUGGAGAAAAGCCGCACUCAAGAAUGCCUUCGCCCUGCUAGGUAAGCAGCGUUUCGAGCAUGCUGCGGCCUUUUUCCUGCUCGCUGGUGCCUUACGCGAUGCCAUCGAUGUCUGCCUCAACAAGCUCAAUGAUUUACAAUUAGCCAUGACUAUCGCUCGGCUCUACGAGGAUGACAUGACAUCACCGAAUUUCAAACGACUCAUGUAUGAAGAGAUUCUCGGUUGUGAUCGCGAUGGCUCCAACCCCGACGUCUCGCGUAUGCAUCCUGACCCAUUCCUUCGCAGCAUGGCCCUCUGGAUUCUCAAGGAUUACUCGGGUUCGCUGAAUACUCUACUGCUGACCAACGUUGGCUCGUUACAUCCGCAAUACAACGACGAGUCGGACAGGCCCGUGGGUUCCACGGCCAAUCCCAAUGUUUUCAAUUUCUACGUCUACCUGCGUACUCAUCCUCUGCUAAUUCGUCAGUACAUCGCUUCCACUGCCCAGGAUAAAAGGAAAGGACACUCUGUCGUUAUUUCGGGUUUUAGUUACGGCACUGAGACGAAAGCGCAACAAGACAAGCAGCUCACGCUUGAAGAUACGAUUACUCCGCUCGAGCGGCAGCUAUACUUUACCACAGCCCAUGCCCAUUUCAAAGCUGGAUGUCCUGCUCUAGCGCUUGAGGUACUCUCUAAGUUACCAAGCAAAGUCAUGGAAACCAAUUCGGAUGACAACGAAAGCGAAUUGAAUAGUCCUACCAAAAUCAAAGACCAAAAUAAUGAGAUUGAUACGGGUAUGCUAAGUUGGGAUACUUCCAAACCUACUUCGGUUAUCGAAUCAGCAUCAUCAUUUGACUGGUCUCAACCAGAGGUUAAAAAAGAAGAUGAAUUGCAGUUAAACUGGGAUGACGACGCGGAAAAUGAUGACGAUGAAAGUCCUCCAAUGAGUAUGAAACUAGAUAAGAAAAUAAGCGAGGCUAAAGCGGAAAGACCCGAUGAAAAAGACGAUGAAGCCAAGAAAUCAACCGAUAUAAUGGCGCAGCAACUGAAAUUUGUAGCGUGUUUGAAAAUUUUAAUGGAAGAAUUGUCUACAUUGGCAACAGGUUUCGAAGUCGAUGGAGGGCAGUUACGUUAUCAGUUAUAUGUAUGGCUUGAGAGAGAAGUUGAUGCUUUGCGACAAUUGUGCAAUUACAGUGCUAGUACAGACGGAGAUGUAGCGAAUGCUGACGAAAGCGGUAUAAUGGAAGAACCACCAUCCUACAGACCAGGCGAACAGCCGACUUUGCAUGAAAUUCUAGUGGCGGAAAAGCUGGACUUUGAAGCAAAGGUCCAAAGGGCUGUGAAACGCAAAAAGUGGCUGAAAGCUAAUGAGACUUUGCUAAGGACGUUGUUGUCAUAUUGCUCCUUACAUGGCGCAUCUGGAGGUGGUCUGGCAUCUGUCAGAAUGGAAUUGGUGCUGCUUCUCCAGGAAUUGCAACAAGAAAAGACACAGCAGCAGUUGCUCAGUCCCUUGCCCUUCCCUACAACGCUUCCACUUUUAAGUGCUAGUGUAGCUUGCAAUAAAACGGUUGUAGCUGAUCCGGUCAGACAUUUGCAGUCACUCGAGCACGAUAUGCUUCAAACGAUCGUUGAUUUACGAAAUCCACCAAUGCCGCACAAAAAUACCCACUAUUCCGAGGUCUUCGUGCUGCGAGAUCUUGCCGUAGCUUUGAGCGCGUGCAUAUACCAAUCUCUGUGUGACUCGGACACAUUCGUUCACAAACAUCAAACGUGGGACAGCUUUCCAGCGGCAGCUGAAGUUGAGGCCUAUUCAGGCGGACAUCUUGUGGCCUCGAGUCGUAGUCAUCGUCGUUACUCCUCUGAUGACGGUAUUUGCAUUACAACUUCACCUAGCAAAUGGCCCGGUGUAACGAGCCUUCGAGCACUUUUAGCUCGCGAAAAGGACGAGGAUGCACCGAAGCUAAAUAUCCUUCUCUGCGAAGCUUUUGUAGCUACAUUCAUGAGCUUAUUUGUCUAUGCUCUAUCUAGCUGCGAUAGCCACAUAUUAUAUAGACUGGUAGGACAUCAAUUUGACAAUAAAACGUGGUCUUGCCUAUUUGGAGGCGGUGUGAAGAAAUUGAUUAGAGUUGCUAGUACUAGUGGACAGACGGGAUCUAUGAGUAUCGAAAGAAACGAUAGUUUAAGUAGUGAACCAGCAUCUACUAAAAGUAGUGGUGUCUGGAAUACGGUUACAUCAUUGACUAAGCAGCGCGUAAAACUUAAUAUGAAACUGCUUGGUCAAUUCUCUGGGCAACAACCGAAUAUGAAAGAAGAUAAGCCAACGUAUCGCGAACAAUUUAUUUCUCCACAAAUGAGCAUGAUUUCCUAUUUUCUUAUAAAACCUAUAAUUGAAGGUGAACUCGCAGAUGAAAUAGAUUACGACUCUUCAGAAUCGACCGUAUCCGAAACUGAGGUUUCCGAAGAAGAAGAUGACGUAUUUGAUACCAAUUCAAAACCAAAGAGUAAACCAAAAGAUAAUACAGAACAUACUGAUCCAAACUCAUUUAGCUGGUGCGUCAUGAGAUUAGCAAUAGUGAAAAUUCUGCAAAAACAAUUGCAAGACUUUUUAACCAUAGCUGGGAUUGAAAUGCAAGAAUUACCAGUCAGCAGUCCGUUGAUACAUGGAAUUCUUGGAGUUGUGGUCCAAUGGCAGGAGUCUUUGCGCGAAGAACUAGAAAAUAAAGGUCCGGCACCGGUCAAUUUCAUACCAGGCUGUGCUCCAGAUCCUAUUCCUACCCCUGGAAAACCAGCUAUCCAUAAAUACCGUUCACUUCUCGAAAGAGGAAACACUCCUUUCAAUACUCGAAUGGCGUCGGCAAAACCGUCGAAUCGACUAUGGUGUUACUUAAUAAGGCAAGAGUCAGUACAAGAGAUUUUCAUACGUGCAGUAUUUGGAAAGAGAAGGUCACUUUCUUCUAUAUUAGAUGCAAAUAGUGGAGGUGAUUCCCAGACUAGAGGUUCUGGAGAGGAUAAAGGAAGUGACAGUGGUACCCAAAUUUUACCCGAACCUGUAAGGAUAAUCCACAAGGAACAAGAUAGUAUCAGUGCCUUCUGUCUAAAUCAGGUAAAUGCAGGACUUAUGUCAUUAGCAACGCCACGCGAGGUGCAAGAAAUGGAUAUUUCACUGCUUUUGGAAUCUCCGUCGUGGUUAGAAGACGAAUGCGAGUUUGACCUCAUUAAUUUAAAUAAACAGCCUGAUCCUGAACCAACGCAGCCAACCAGUUUUCUAGUCAUCCAGACCGCUGCUGACAGACCAUUGCUCGUCCAAAGCCCUCAACAAAAUGGACACCAAAACCAAACAGGCAUAGGCAGUCAAAGCGGUCGCGGUGCCAGUGUGAUGAAGGGGAUGCCCGCUUUUCCUGGCUCCCACGACCUGCGCUUCUGUCAGUUUGUCGCUGAUAGGAGCAAACACUUGUUGAAACCGAUACUGAAACAUAAGAUCGACGGUAUUAGAAGAAUGUCGUCGCAUCCUUUGCUGCCGCUGUACUUAACUGGAUCGCAAGAUGGAUCGGUUUCCUUGUGGGAAUGGAGUCACCAAUCAGCCGUGGCAACCCCCAGGCUACCGGGCACUUUUGCCAAGGUGACCCGUGUACGUUUCUCUCAACACGGCAAUAAAUUCGGCGUCGCUGAUUCUGAUGGACAUCUAAGUCUCUUUCAAGUAGCCUGCCGAGAGGGUACAACGAGACCUUUCUUCAACUAUCAAUGCCACAGCAAAGUAACAUCUGACUUCGUUUUUUUGGGAGCUUGCAGUUUGGUGGCUACUGCUGGACAUGGACCUGAGAGCCGCAACGUGGCUCUAUGGGAUACCUUACUACCUCAAAACAAAUCUCUUGUAGCAGGUUUUACAUGUCACGAACAAGGAUCUAGUUCGGUCAUUUUAGCGCCGCAGCAUCAACUGCUAAUAAGUGGUGGCAAAAAGGGUGACAUAAACAUCUUCGAUGUACGUCAACGUCAACAACGUCAUCGUUUCCAGGGGCACGAGUCUGCCAUUAAGUGUCUUGCUCUCGAUCCACAUGAGGAAUUCUUCGUCAGCGGCGCCGGAGACGGGGACAUCAAGGUCUGGGGUUUAACCGUCCAUUCGCUUCUCUAUACCUUCCCAGCUGAACAUCCUAGAUCGAGCUUUUUCAAGAAUAUCGGACAAGGAGUCACUCAACUGCACGUUGAUGCAUCAGGACGAUUAUUCUCUUGUGGAGCUGAUGGCUCGAUGAAAGUUCGUCAACUGCCCGAACGAGACUGUGUUGUUCACGCAAUAUAUUAAGCUGGUCGAUGAAAUUCAAUACUGGUACUUUAAUGACAACAGACUCCUUUGUAAAAAAGAAGAAAUAAGUAAGCUGAAUUUUUCAACUGACACUCAUUAAUUAUGAUCACAAAACUAAUUGUCGUAUUUCCUUUAAAAUCUAUUAUUCAAUAAUGAUGCUCUGUUUUUCGAAAGUAAACUGAAUCUUAAUGUCUCUCGAGUUCAAACAAUUCUGUGCUGUCUCAAUUUUAUUCAAUCAGAUCAAUGUUUACUAGACUGAUUUUAUUGGACUCGUUAAAAAAUAUUGAGAAAAAGAAAGAAAAUAUUUACUAUGUACUUGCGAUUACUACGUCACAAGAUAUACGUACUAGAUUUUUAUCGAUUUUUGGCAAGUGUACUUGGCAUAUUUCAUUGGCUAAAAAUAGUCGUUCAUGUAUUUCCAAUUCGAUUCUUGCUAUUUGAAAAUAUUUACGAUUUUUGAAAUGUGUGAAUUAUUAAGGUAUUGUACACAAUUAAUAUACAACAGUGCCAUAGAUUAAAGGUAAAAGGAAGUAUCUAGGUAUAUAAAGAAAGUAUGUAGAUCGGCGCUAUAUGGUCGUGCAAAAAACGAUGUUAAUAUCCGUUUGUAAAUGUUUGCUACGGAUUGUUUGGAGUCCCACACAAAUUUAUAAUUUAUCGGAAAAAGUAAAAAAAUUUAUAAAAGCUUUUUCUAUAUUUAUUGUGGGGUGAAUAAUUAAUGUUUAUUGUUCCAGUUCUAAUGAACUUUGUUGCUAUAUGAAGUAAUUUUUAAAGAAUUUACAGAUUGUAUAACUAAUUUAUUCGACGCCAAUGCUCGUAAUCAAAUUUUUUAAAAUAAAUAAUUGGUUAUUUUUUUUGUUGAUUGGAAAAGUGCAAAGUGUUUGUUCGAGUUCAGCAUAUCCAUAUCCAAUAAGCUAUUACUCUGUGUGGCUAUUUAUCUAUAUUUUUAACUCAAAAAAUUCAUGUACAAAGCCCAAUCGAUUAUAUUAAUUUUAUUUUUAGACUACGUUUGAAGAGAAUUUGCCAAUUAUUUACUUUUUGUUGUAAGCAUGUAUUAUGGCGCAUAAAAUAAAAAUCAUGCGUAUUCAUGCAACGUAUACUAUCUAGAAAAGUGUGUAUGCCGAGGUUUGAGUAACAUGCUCUGUUGCCUUAAUUAUGACAAAUCGCUUGUUAAAAAUUAGCAUAGAAUAUUGACUCUCAACUGGACACACAUAAAAUGUAUAACUUGUAAUAUAUGUAGCUACAAACGCCUUGUUUCGUAUAUCAUGUGUGGAUUAAUAUGAGAUGAAAAAACUGUUACGAUACAAUACUGUUGAAAUUAUAUAAAAAAAUACAUAUGUGUGUGCUGCCUAGUUUCAAUGAUUGACCGCGAUAUUCAUCUUCAGCCAACUCUUUCAAAUAGUUUGUACAAGCUAAAAACUUUGAGUUUAAUCCUUUUGGAAAAAAUAUCGAUUCUUACAAACUAUCUGAAAGGGGGAUGAAAAAAGCUAAAUAUACAUUAUUAUAAAAUAAAGUAAAUAUAUCUGAAGGUAUGGAAGUUGUUUUCAAGAUAUUCUGUUAGAAAUGAGAAAUCAGAUUUUUGUUUGGAUUAUCUUGUGCUUCAUAAGUCAAUAAUGUUAAUCUAAUAUUGAUUAAUAACUUCAGUGAUUAAAAACACAUGCAAAUGCAUCAGGCUUUGUAUGUAAAUACAACAUAUACAGAUUAAAAAACGAAAAAAUUACGUUGGCUGAAGCCAUAUAAUUUCAGAGUAUUAUUAGUUACCUCAGAUUGAUUUUUAGUUUU